UUCUCAUUUCUCUGGAGUCCGUGCCAAGAUGCCCUCCUUGCUCGGUUUAAAGUGUCUGGGGAAAUUGUGCGGCUCUGAGAAAAGCAAGGUCGCCUCCUCUGAGAGACCCAGCUCCAGAGGCGCGUACCGGAGGCUGGUGGUCAAGGAUGUGAGUGUCAGUGGGAGCCCCUACCCCACGCACAGACGUGCCACCAUCACCCACCUGCUGUUCCUGCACCCUGAGGUCUGCUGCCCGUCCCAGCACGUGCUUAGCAACGUUGAUCCUCCGGUGGCCCACCCUCAGGACCCUCACCACCCAUCUGAGAAGCCCGCCAUUCACUGCCAUAAAUGCGGGGAACCGUGCAAGGGUGAGGUGCUCCGGGUCCAGACCAAGCACUUCCACAUCAAAUGUUUCACCUGCAAAGUGUGCGGCUGUGACCUGGCCCAAGGUGGCUUCUUCAUAAAGAACGGGGAGUAUCUCUGCACCCUGGACUACCAGAGGAUGUAUGGGACACGCUGCCAUGGCUGUGGGGAGUUCGUGGAAGGAGAGGUGGUGACUGCCCUGGGCAAGACCUACCAUCCCAAUUGCUUCGCGUGUACCAUCUGCAAGCGCCCAUUUCCCCCCGGAGACCGCGUCACGUUCAACGGGAGAGACUGCCUGUGUCAACUGUGUGCCCAGCCGAUGUCGUCCAGCCCUAAAGAAGCCUCCUGCUCUGGCAACUGUGCCGGCUGCGGAAGGGACAUCAAGAACGGGCAGGCGCUGCUGGCGCUGGAAAAGCAGUGGCACUUGGGGUGCUUUAAAUGCAAGUCCUGCUCGAAGGUCCUCACCGGGGAGUACAUCAGCAAGGACGGCGCUCCGUACUGCGAAAAGGACUACCAGGGGCUCUUCGGGGUGAAGUGUGAAGCCUGCCACCAGUUCAUCACAGGCAAAGUCUUGGAGGCAGGUGACAAACAUUACCACCCCAGCUGUGCACGAUGCAGCAGAUGCAACCAGAUGUUCACAGAAGGAGAGGAAAUGUAUCUUCAAGGUUCUACCGUUUGGCAUCCCGACUGUAAGCAGUCUACCAAGACGGAGGAAAAGCUGCGGCCGCCAAACACUCGGCAUUCUCCCUCCGAUUUCUUUUAUCCCAAAAGUCUGAUCCGACGCACAGGACGGUCUCCGUCGCUGCAGCCCACCAGGACUUCCUCCGAAAGCAUCUAUUCCAGACCAGGCUCCAGCAUCCCAGGGUCCCCGGGCCACACUAUCUAUGCAAAAGUGGACAACGAAAUCCUGGAUUACAAGGACUUAGCGGCCAUUCCCAAGGUCAAGGCAAUUUAUGAUAUCGAACGUCCAGAUCUUAUUACCUAUGAGCCUUUCUACACUUCCGGCUAUGAUGACAAGCAGGAGAGACAGAGCCAGGGGGAGUCUCCAAGGACUUUGUCUCCUACUCCAUCCGCAGAAGGGUACCAGGACGCUCGGGACCGGAUGAUGCACCGGUCCACCAGCCAGGGCUCCAUCAACUCCCCGGUGUACAGCCGCCACAGCUACACUCCCACCACGUCCCGCUCUCCCCAGCAUUUCCACAGACCUGAGCUGCUGUCUCCUGGUGUGCAGAGGUUGUCCUACCUGCGCACCAGCAGCCUCAGCUCCGCACACAGCGACUCCCGCCCCAACUCCCCCUUCCGACACCACUUCAUCCCCCAGGUCAAAGGCAAUGAGCCGUCCAGCGGCCGGAACUCCCCUCUCCCCCACCGGCCAGACAGCCGCCCUCUAACUCCAACUUACGCUCAGGCCCCUAAACAUUUCCAUGUUCCAGAUCAAGGGAUCAACAUUUACCGAAAACCACCCAUCUACAAACAGCAUGCUGCCUUGGCAGCCCAGAGCAAGUCUGCAGAAGACAUCAUCAAGUUUUCCAAGUUCCCAGCAGCGCAGGCGCCAGACCCCAGCGAGAUCCCAAAGAUUGAGACGGACCAUUGGCCUGGUCCCCCCUCACUUGCCGCCGUAGGAGCUGACAUGAGACGCAGAUCCAGUGGCAGAGAGGAAGACGAUGAGGAACUCCUGAGACGCCGGCAGCUUCAGGAAGAGCAAUUAAUGAAGCUCAACUCAGGCCUGGGGCAGCUGAUCCUGAAGGAAGAGAUGGAGAGGGAGAGGGAGAGCCGGGAGAGGGCAGCCCUGUCAGCCAGUCGCUAUGAUUCUCCCAUCAACUCAGCUUCACACGUUCUGUCAUCUAAAACCUCGUCUCUCCCAGGCUAUGGAAGAAACGGGCUUCACCGGCCUGUUUCUACAGACUUUGCUCAGUACAACAGCUACGGGGACGUCAGCGGGGGAGCGCGAGACUACCAGACCCUGCCGGAUGGCCACCUGCCUGGCAUGAGAAUGGACCGCGGAGUGUCUAUGCCCAACAUGCUGGAGCCAAAGAUAUUCCCAUAUGAAAUGCUCAUGGUGACCAACAGAGGGCGCAACAAAAUCCUGCGAGAUGUGGACAGAACAAGGCUGGAGCGCCACCUAGCGCCAGAAGUGUUUCGGGAAAUCUUCGGAAUGUCCAUACAGGAGUUUGACAAGUUACCUCUUUGGAGACGCAACGACAUGAAGAAAAGAGCAAAACUCUUCUAAGUCCCACGCAAGACUCUUCUAAAGUCCCACAUGUAGACAAGCAAUUAGAAAGAGGACGGCCGAUGGCGGUGACGCAUAGGAUGUGGUAUUAAGCUUUGAACUGGACUGGAGAAUUUGCAAACUACUGCCCCUCAGCAACUACCAAAAGGGGGAAAUCUGAUUAAAACACCCACGAGCCAAAUCCUGGGCCGACCAACGGCAACACUUGCCAAGAAGCCAUGGGGUAGAGAUCUCUAUGUUCCCACACCCGACAGCAGCGUUCACAUGUGACCUUUCACCUCACCUUGUGCACACAGCAGGGCCCCUUCCCUGGUCUCCCUUUCACUGUUGUCCGACCAUAGUGCUCACUGUCUGGGUAAGAGCCAGCAAGUGCCCUUAGGAUGCCGCACGGAGCAAGCAGCUGUCGUCAUGCCCAGUCUGCGUAUGUUUAUGAUGUAGCAUGUGGCUAAGGAGCAAAAGCCUGGGGGGCGUGUCCACGUGGUAGCAGCCGUUUGCACACCCCUUCGCCCCAGCCUCCAGCAGCUCUGCUCCUGUGGGGUGGAACCCUGAGUGGGAACCCAGUGGCUACUUGAGUGGGCUGAGUAGCAGCCGGAGCCAUUUUUAACAAGCUCCUUAUUCUCCACUGUCAUCCAGGCCCUGGUUUGCAAAUUACUCAGCUUUUUCUUUUCUUUUUCUUAAUUUUAAGGGAAAAGGAAGGACAGGAAAAGCUCCAUCACUUGUUUUCUGCUUCAGAUAGUGUGAUUCAUGCGGGUCCCCCGUUGGCAAAGAAAGGAAAGGGAAAAAUCGCCUCUAGAUUGGCACAGGUGCAUGCUGUUCGGUGAUUCUUGCCCAGGGAACAUAACACUCUUGGGAAAAAAAACAAAAGUCCUGUGCCCUCCCGGUGCCAGUUCCCACCCUCCGCUCUGCAUCUGGCAUCCGCUGGAUUGAAUCUCGCCCUCGCUGGUUCUGGUUGUUUCCUAGGUCUUCCCAGUAGUCGGCUAAGGAAAGGCAUGGUUUUCUGUUUGAAGUCUCUGCAACUCCAAGGUCGAUGGCCUGACACUGAUUUCCCGUGGCCUUUUAGCUCUUCUCCUUGCUCGGCACUGUUGACCCCAUGUGUGUGCACACGCACCCUCACGCACUGGGCCUUCUAACUUAUUUUACAAACGGCUCUGCCGGGGUGGACCUGCGCAGGUCUGUUCCGUGGUCUGGAGCCAGACUGCAGUGUGCGGUCUUGCCCCUUCGUUUAUAUCAGUUGCCUCUUGCUUUGUUCGCUAUUCCUGCUGCCCCCUCUUCUCUCCGCCCUCGCCUGCCAUUGGCAGCCUGUGUGUCCUAGUCCUGGCUUUGCUCUGGCAAAGUGUGGGGGCGGGGACCACAGUGUAUUCCAGGCAUUUCCCUGCCACCAUCAAUAACAAGGCUCCCAGCGCUGGGCGGGUGGAGAGAGUGUUUGUCAUUGUGGGGUCGACAAAGGACCCUCCGUGUUUUCAUCGGUUAAUGAGUGUCGCCCCGUGCACAGGCAGAUCAAAUAUCCACGGAAGAGAAGCCGCGGUGACAGUUAAAGAGCUGAGCCCAGGACCUGUUCCCACUCACUCAGCGUUGCUUUUCUUGUCUCUUUGGAAUUUGGUUCUGCGUCCGCCUUGGGAGACAGCAGUGCUUCUUUCCAUGUCCAGUGUGUGAGCAGAUGUAAACUGCGCCAGGUAGAUAGGCAUCGCCCCCAAAUGCAGCAGCCUCCUGUUCGCAAGCAGAGCCGUGCCGUGCUCUGGAGAGAGCCGGCAUCGAACCCUAACGCAGAGCGGGCUCCCCAGCUCCCCUCCCCGCAGAAGGCUCCGGCCGGAGGGCUGGCCGAUAGGCAGCCUGCUUCUCCUGACUGCCAACCCCGGUGAAGGGCUCCCACGCACCAUCCGCUGUGUGAAACGGGUCUGUGUUCUCUGCCUGAACCCGCCCCGCACUGCACAUACACGUCCCCGGUUAACACAGUCACACGAGCAGGGAUUGCUCGCUUCGGGGGUAACACAAGGGCUACGUCUUUGCGCGUUGGGCUUCCUUACGAUUCUUUCAGCGCUGAGCAUGUGGGGGAAAGAGGCCUCGAUGGCGCCGGGAACGGCAGUGCUUCCUUUAAAGAUUCUUCCAGAAAAGCCAGGCUGCCAAGCAUGCCCCGUGUGAUGCACGAUGAGGCGUAAAGGGUUGGCUACCCUGCACCGCCAGCUCUGCUCUGCGUUGUGGUUGGGUUAGUGAUGAGAUGUUCGGGAUGCAGCUCCUUGCAUGACUGAGGAGAAACGGCCGUUCUCUGUCUGCAACCUGGGACGGAGGAGGGCGUUACGGCCAAUAAGAUGCAAAAACAAAAGAAACCGUGUUUCUCUGUUCUGCCCUCUGGCCGCUCUGCCCGCUCCACGUUCUGCGGUUUCCCAGCUGAGCCGAGCAGCAGCGCUUUGCAGCCCUCACCCUCGCAGUCACAUUAUGUCCAUCAACUCCACUCAGAGACGUUCUUGGCUGGACACGUUUAUAAAGCCGUCACCUAAUUUCUUUAUACUUGGAAGCAAACACCUUUUUCUAAAGAAUUGCUUCUCAGAUGAUUAUAUAAAAUAUACAUGCUUUUGCUAGUUUACAAAAUUCAAAUUCACUUUGGACUAAAUAGGUCUUUCUAAAAACUCUUUUACGCAAACUUGGUGUUAGCAGCCCUCCUGUGUGCUGAAGGGGCAGGGGACACCCCCCCCCCCCCCCCCCCCCCUUUGGGCCCACAGGGCUUUCUCUCUGACAUCAUGAAUGAGGGUGGGAGGACCUGACCUCUGUCCCCAGCCCUCUGUCCUCUGAGGCAGGCCCCGUUUUUACAAAUCACUCUUUUGUAUUUCUGGCCGCUGUUUGAUCAGUACUUCCUAAGCCAGCCUGGAUUUCAGCUGCUUUUUAAAAUUAUUUUCCUUUGACACACCAAGUGUUGGUCAGAAUGCCCUAAAACUCACCCCUUAGUGCUCCCGUUCGGAGAACAUUCUACCCGGAAAGAGAGAUUCCUUUGCAGGUGAGAUUUGCAGUGACGCCCCGGCUUCGUGAUGAUGUGUAUGACGGGAACUAACUACCCGACUGUGUCCCAGUGAAAAGGAGGAGGAACAUGCACUUGGGCCCCGAAGAGAAAAAUCACUCCUUCCAUUUGCCGCCCAGGAAACUGGGGGGAGAUGGUGACCGAUCCGCUUUGCAUAGGGAUUUUUGUGUCUUUACUGGGCAAGUUUAAUUCAUGGCCAGCUCAGAAAAAUGGGGGAGGUGAGUAGUUUAGGCCGCAAGAAGCUUGUUAAACGAUAUUUGUGGACACAGCAAAAUUAAAGAACCCCAAAACUCUGAUGCUUCCCAUCACUGGAUGGAGGCUGUCAUUGUCAAGUUCUGAGCCUGCCCGCCAGAGGUGGGAGGAGAUGGUCCUGGGACGCUGAUAUCCAAAAAGGCUCUGAGCCGCUUCAUCUGCAUCAGCCUGUGUCUUCACCCUGCGGAAGAGACCGAUGCCACAAAAUCGAUGUCCUGGGGGGGUUUAUGUAACGAAUGUGUGUGUUUUCUGUGAGUUGCGGGCAGUCCUGCAUCUAAGUUCUCCCAGUUCUUUUCCGUUUCGGUGGGGUUGAUGGGAUUGUUUUCGAGUGUUGGAAGGCCUGCUAUUCUCCCCGCCCGCCCUCCCCCUUUCUGAGCUAAGGAAGCUACCAUUUGGAAGAAGUGCUGUGUCAAAGAUGUGUCGUGUCCCCCGUGAAAGUGAGUGGCUGUCCGUCUGCACCCCGGGUGCCGCGUGCUGGUCUGCAGAGGUGGCCGGCGGUCCCCGGGGCUGUGCCUACGGCUCCGACCUUCCCCUGACCUUCCCCUCGCUCCUGUUGCAACAGCACUCACCCCUCCGCGCUGUCCCCCGCGUCUCUGUUGUACUCACGACCCGGUGAAUAAAGUGCGUGCUUUAUUUGUAGAC